CCUUGCCGGCCUUCUUCGCGCUCCUCUAAGCACUUUCAGCCUUUCAGUACUGUUCGAAGAGCGCGCGCUCAUAGGCCCAUAGACGCACACGUGCGAGAGCUCGGACUUCAACUACCUCCCUCUUCCGAGACUGGAAGUGGCCGACGUGCGCCACUCCGAAACGUGCUGCAUCGAGCAUCGAGCGAUAGCUGAGCGUGCGCCAUCGCUCCUUGGCAAUUCAGCUUCCAGCUCAAUAUGUCAACGCGAAGGUCAGAGCGGUCUCGCGCAGCUGCUGAUGUGGGGGCGCAGGGGUCUUUGGAAGCAUCGACGAGCAGCCCGGCACCAUCAUCGGCUCUGCCUUCCACCUUGAAGCGCAAAAGGGGCAAGGCUGGGGAGGUCAGCCCAUCAAUGGAUGGCCGAGCCGCAAAUGGGACGCUGAGCCCCGACGAGUCUUCCGCACAGCGAGGAACUGGCAGAGUUGCGCGCCCUCGGCAAGCCAAUGGGAGAUCGGAAUCACCAGUGGCCACUGAUACAGCAGCAUCGGGUGUCGAGGAGGCUCGCACGCGCAAGGUGAAUCUCUCGAAUGGUGGCCUCAAGUCUUCCAGCAAUGGUUCUACGAAGAAAGCUAGAUCGACAAAAACCUCGGGCAUCGACGAUGCUCAGCACAUAGAUGGUCGAGAUAAUGAGCUCAUGCUAGAAGAGGAGGAACGGCAGCAUUUCAGACUCAUUCUUGAAAGUUACGCGCCCGGACUGUUGCAGCGGCAAGUCCAGACCACAAAGGUUGAAGCUGAUGCAAGCACUGCUGCCUGUGAAGUCGAGCCAGCCACCCUAGAAGAGACACUGGCACAUCGAAAGAUCGGCAUCCGAGCCUUGAGAUCUUUCUUACUGAAGCUCAAGGAUGCUCGCGCAGACGUUUCGCAAGAAGCAUACGAUGGGAGGGAGGCGUUGAGGUCGCAUGAGCAGGAUCAGGAUAGUGUAGCCGCUUUGCAUACAGCGCACACGGCAAGAAGAGCGAUUCCGAAUCACGAGCAAGGAUGCGUCGCCCUCUUGCUGUCAUUGGUAGACGGCCUCGCGGCCAAGAGGCGUACCAACAUGGGCGGCGGAGAUGGGGUAGGCGAGGAUGAGCAGGCUGAAGCCAGAUUCAAGCAGGAACACUCUGAUCACACACGCACUGUGGGGUCUGAAAGCGCUGCACGAAAGAUCGCAUUGCACAUGCUCUUACCGACUGGUCACUAUUUCACGAGUGCUGUAGAAGGCGAUGCAGGAAGAAUCGACCCAGGUUGCGCAAACGUCAUCUCGAUUGCCCCGAAGGCACGGUCAAAGAUGCCGGUGCCCACGCUUGGCUCCAGAGCCCUAUCGGCGGUCAAGAACAAGAAGUCACUAAAGAGCGUGGCGGACAAUAUGAGGAACACACCCACUCCUCCCAUCGGUCCUGAUGAUGAUGCUCUUGGAGAGCGGAUUGUGCCGGCUACGCAUCUGUACUACGACGCAUGGUCGUCCUUCACACCGACGUACGACAGCAGCGACUCGACACUUGGGCUUGCCGGUUCUAGACUGAUGUGGUCUCAGGGCCGAAGACGCAGAGACGAGCUUCGAGCGAAAGGCUGGGCGGACCUUAAAGCUGAAGGGAAAUCCCGAGCCGAUCUGCUUGCAGCGCCCAUGGUGGCACCAGUAGCUUUCGCCUCCACGCAGGACGCGAAAGGAGCCGACUCGUACUUGCAUGAGGCGGACUUUGCGGACUUGCAUCCUGACUUGCACCCCGAUACUUUGGCGGCCGCCUACGAACAGCUCGGAGACGAAGAGAGCAUAGAGCAUCGCUUGGCUCAGAGCCGCGCUUUGCUGGAGCGAUUGCAAGAGCUUCAGGAUGCGAGGUUAAGGCGAGGCUACAAAAGUGGACGCGAGGUGGCUCCUUCUGCUGAAGAGCAACAUACAGCGAGUCAAGCUUUGGGUAAUUUGACCGAGCUGGUCAAGCUCCGACCACGCUUGGAAUUGGAGAGCGGGCGCAGCGAUUUGAUCCCUGUGGCCUCAAAAUUGCGAGCCGCCGCAAAAUCAGCUGCUGUUGAUCCCGCUCUGAUAGAUGCAGGUGGUGAGCCUGGAGAUGGAUAUUGGGGAACCCUGGACGAGGCGUCCUAUGGUCCCGAAGCGCGAAGAAGAAGAGCUGCCGUUGCCACGUCACCUGUGCUUUCGUUGAAACCGCUCGCUCACCCGUUGGGUCUCGUUGGACCUCCUGUCAUUGCGGACAACGAGACUGUCAAAUUGCCCGAGGGCUUGGAAGGUCGGGCGCUCGAACGACUCAAUGCGCGCCCCCCCAUUUCUUCGCCAGCAUCACCCAACGACUUACAGCAGGGCAAGGCAGCCACUUCUACCGGCGAGAAGAAGAAGCGCGGCCCCCAUCUACUCGAUAGGAUAGCUGCAUCCAGGAGCUAUGAUGCCACUCGACACGAUCCACACGAUCGGCCUCACAGACAUCACGGUCAAUCAUCGCGAGCGCCGAACAACGCGCGCGCCCCGACCAGACCGGUGCCACCGCUUACGACCACGCCCGUGCCUGUGACGCAAGCGCAACACGGCCAAUCGCAUCAGCUGGGCCAAAGUCUUUCCGUUCCUCAGCAUACGCCUGGAGCUACGUCGCCGCUUUCCUCAAGAUCGCCUGGGCAACAGGUGGCGCACGCAUCGCCUCAUCCACAGGUCCAAGCUCAAGAGCGGAGCCGUCAAUCUUCGAUCUCUCAGCCAUUGCGAGCCAACACGGGCGCUUACUCACCGCAUCACGCGCCGACACCAGACCAGUCCGCGCACAGGCCCGUAGCGAAUAAGCCGUUCUUCCCAGUACCGGCGCACGCAGCGGAUGCACGUUCACCCUCACCUUUGGCAGCGACGCCUGUGUCUCAAAGCGCACACUCGGCCUACUCAAGCUCGUCCUCUGCUUCUCGACAGCGGGCGCUGUCGAAUGCCAGCCAAGGCGCGCGCUCACCUGUUGGCAGCUUGUCGAAUGGACAGCCCGCUUUCUAUCCCACCAACGCCGGGACUGCGCCUUUGAGGCAUCAUGGCGCGUAUGGUCCACCGAAUGGAAGGGACAUCAGUCCGACUCAGCCUCGCUUCCAACCACAUGCGCCGCCCCCGCAGGCGAGGUCAUCGGGUGCAUCGUCUGCCAGCAGCCAAGCCUUCUUCCCUUCUCCGAUGCACUCCCAGGCUGCUGCGCACUUUCAGCAACACGCGUUUCAGCUUGCUCAAAUGCAGCAACAGCAGCAGCAGCAGCAGCAGCAGCAGCAGCAUCAACAAAGUCUUUCGCAGACUUCUUCGAACCAGCGCUCUGGUGGUCAGCACGGCUCGCCUCAGCCUCAAGUGCAGAACAAUGGACGUUGAGAUGAAGACGCUUCGUGUGAUUAGCUGACAGGAAUCCGGCUGGGCACGGCGCAGUCGUCUGUCUGCAUCGUAGGGACCACG